AUCUGAACUACUGCACGAACCACAAGCCGUGCCAGAACGAAGCUUCCUGCACCAACACGGGUCAGGGCAGCUACACCUGCACCUGCCGACCAGGAUUCACCGGGAAAAACUGUGAGAUCGAGACCAACGAGUGUGACAGCAACCCAUGCAAGAAUGGAGGCAGCUGCACAGAUUUGGAAGAUGAUUAUUCCUGCGCCUGCCCUCAGGGUUUCUACGCGAAAAACUGUGAGAUUAUCGCCAUGACUUGUGCAGAUGGACCGUGUUUUAAUGGAGGAACAUGUGUGGAAAACGUCUCCGAUGGAUACAGCUGCCGAUGCCCGACCGGGUUCAUGGGAUCAAACUGCGAGAAGAGAAUCGACAGAUGCAGCAGCAACCCCUGCGCUAACGGUGCUCAGUGUCUGGACCACGGUAAUCGAGUCAUGUGCCGAUGUCGCCCCGGUUUCUCGGGCCUUCGCUGCGAAACAAACAUCGACGAUUGCUCCAGCAACCUUUGCCGAAACGCCGGCACCUGCGUGGACGGCAUCAACGAUUUCACCUGCACGUGCACGCUCGGAUUCACCGGAAAAGAUUGCUCCGUGCGAACCAGUCCCUGCGACCAGUUCCCGUGUGAAAACGGCGGGAAAUGUUUCACACAUUACACCGGCCCAGUGUGCCAAUGUCCAAUGGGUUUCAUGGGUGCUAGAUGUGAAUACAACCAACCAACUGCAACUCCUCCAGAUAAGGAUUCGUCUCCAGCGUUGAUCGCCGCCGUCGCUCUUGGUAUCGUGACGUUAAUUCUGCUUGUUGUUGUUGGCGUUCACAUUCUGAGGCAGCUGCACCGCGGCAGGAAGCUAACGGCUAUCACCCGGUCGGUGAAGAACGACCUGGAGGCGGUGAACAAUCGCAACGCAAUGAUUGGUGGACUACCAGGGUCACCACUGAGGGAAAAGGAGGCCUUCCUCAUACCUGGGGGGCAACUUAAAGUGUCCAAUAAGAACGCAGCGCUGGUGGAGAACGGUGGAGACAGCAUGGGUAUUUUCAGAAACAAGAUGGCAGACUGUAACCUGGCUAAAGACGAGCAACGCCUGGCCAAGUUUGACCUUAAAAAGCGUGACUCGAGCAUCAUCGUUCCUCCUCUUGCGUUUGGAAAGGACAGUCUUUAUCAACCGGUUUACAUCAUCCCGGAGAAGAUGGAGCAGUGUGUGUUUGCUACUGAGGUUUAACCUCCACACCAACUUUCACGCUGAAGACCUCAAACUUCGACAUCCAGAGGAUCUAUUCUACACAUAAUGUUAUUUAAUAUUUAUUACUGCUGCUCAAUGGAAAGAAACAAAAAGAAAAAGGACUUGUUUUCUGCUUCGAUAUUGACAAUGAUCGGAUGACAAUGAUUCUGAAAUGAAAAGAAAGAAAGAAGAAGAGAGAGGAGGGAGUGAAUGUCCGGCGUCAUUUGCACUAUUUGUCUUUUUUUAUACUCUUAAAUCUUAAUAUAAUAUCCCUGUCUGUGUAUCUGUAUUUCCUUUGGAUGAAAAAUACUUUACAACCAAUCGGAAAGACCGGUGCCUUAGCUUCCUUAUCGUCGUGUGUCCUGUACAAUCUCCUAAUCAUCAGAGGACAUUUUUCUACAAGAAAUGGAGACAGAAACUUUUUUAUCUGAGAUUAAACCACCUGAAGUUUUCCCGUCUGAAAGCUGAAGUGGACAGCUCUGUGACUCCGUCCAUUUUCUUCUCUGUUUUGCUUUCUUUGAAAGUGAAGCAUCACAUUGUGGCCUGUUAGAAGAAAUCUUACAAUCCUGCAGACUCUGAAGUGCCUCUUCUGCAACAGGACUCCAAUCCAAUGACUUUAAUCCUGUCACGAAUCCUGUAUUUUACAAGCCCAGGAAACAUGUAUCACUGGAGACAUUUAUUUUAAAGAGUUGGUAACUCUAUCAACCACCAGCUGUUUCCCACACGUUCACCUCAUGAACAGAUAAUCUACCUUUUGACAAUUUAUCAAAUAUAUACGAAAAGAAAAGUAGGCUGGAUGAAGGUCUAGCCAAGCUGGAUUCAUCUUGCAAAUCAUAUCAUCGCUUUUCCGUUUGUCUUCCUGUGAUUCUACCACGUUUAUUUUUAUACCAAUUUUAUUUUUUUAUGAAUCAAAAAGCUAAAACUUGCUGCCUUUAUCAACCACUGCAAGUCAUUGAAAUACACCAGCUGCUGUUCUGCAUCACAGGCACAGCUCCGGGUAUUAAGUGGUUAUUUUUGGAGAAAAAGAAAGACCUUGAAGGACCACGGAGAGAGUUUUGUAUUCCUUUUUUUAAUGACCUAAUCUAUUUGAUACCAAAAAUACGUGUCGUUUCUGUGUAGUCGUGUCUUUGUAUUAUCUUUGUUAAUUUAAGAAAGCAAUGCAAUGUGUACAUAUCCUCCAGAAAAUAGUUUUUCCAUAUUUAAUUUUGCCUUUUUGUAAAUAAUUGUGUAUUUAUGAAAGAGAAUUGUAUAUGUCUAUGUUAUUGUCUCUGUCAGAAUCAAGAAAUAUAUUUUUUCAGAAAUAAAUUAGUAAAAUAA